GAUCUGCCUGCCCGAGCGCUGAUGAGAUUGGAGAGGAGGAAAGCACGAGCGUUGAGUUGGAGUUUGGAGCUCGGCACCAUCGCAUGCGGAUCCGCGUCUAUAAAAUGUCUGAUCGGUCGGAGGACGUGAACCGUGAUUAAAAUCUGCUUCGUUCUCCGACUCUCAGGUGGGAUGGUGAGAGGGGGGAGCGCGUGAGGAGAUGGGCUGCGCCUCGGCAAAGCAGGUAUCGGCCGUGCCGAGUGACGACGAGGGCAGAGGAAAGGCGUACAGCAACGGAGACGUCUACUCCGAUGAGUACAGGAUGAAAGCAGUCGAGGAGGUGAAGUACAUGCGCGGAGAGGAAGACCGAGUGAACACACGCAACCAGGAGAACCUGGAGAAGAGUUCAGCACAGAACAAAACAAAGCUGCACAAAGAGGUGCCAGGAGCCAACGCCAACAAGGCCAAUAUUCAUUCGUCAGAGAGUCAGCAGGAGUUCUUCAGAAUGCUGGACGAGAAGAUCGAGAAGGGACGAGACUACUGUUGGGAGGAAGAGCGCGCGAGAGGGAAUGAGAGAAAGAUAGAGAGAACAUUCCCUUCUAUGGAGUGAAUUCAAAUCAGUGUUUUGUCUAUAACUGCUCAGAUUGGAAGGGUGUGUGUGUGUGUGUGUGAGUGUGCGCGUGUGAGUGCGUGACUGAGUGAGUGUGAGAGAAAGUAAAAGCUAGUGUGAGCCUGCGAACGGGAAUUUCCCUCGAGAACUAUAACCGCAACCCCCCCCCCAAACCCCACCCACUUUCCUCUCUGCUUCCAUCGCCGGUGGAAUAAGGAAACGGACGUUUUGAUCGACAUCUAUUCGAACAACCGAUCUACUGAGGAUUUCACUCCGUCCCUCUGCACCUCCCGCUUCAACCCGAUUGGUCGGUUAUGGACCCACAACUUCCUCCUCGAGUGUGAGAGACAAUGAGAAGAAAGAGGAUGAAAAGGGGAACAGGAUGUUUUUGUGCCCUCGGGCAGAAAACAUGGGAUGGAAGGACGUAACACAGAACGUGUGUGUGUGUGUGUGUGUGUGUGUGUGUGUGUGUGUGUGUUUGCUUGAUAUGUAAAGAAAAACAGAAGAGAUAUUUUAAUAAGAGAGAUAUGGAUGAUGGAAAGCUUCGAACUCCUGCCUUUUGAAGGACGUUUUAUUUUAAUUUGUGGAGGUUUUCAUUUCAUUUCAUUUAUUAUUAUUAUUAUUAUUAUUAUUUGUUGUUGUUGUUAUUGUUGUUGUUGUCAUUGUUGUUGUUGUUUUUUUUUUGGCUCAUAUGAUAGCACAGUGCCCCUUUUCAGACUAAAUAUGUAACGGGCAGGGCCGCACUGACCCCGUACCCACCCUUCUCACACACACACACACACACACACACACACACACACACACACA